AUUUUACUUUUUUUUUGGUUUUUUAUUUGCUUUUCAUGGCAUUUGAUUUGUGUGUGCGCGCUUUUGUGCUAACAAAACACAUGCAAUUACAAGAACAACAAACGCACACAUUCGUUGGCUUGUUUGUGUGUGUUGUGCUAUUAUUUACCCCCGCCAAGUUUAGUUUUCGAAUUGAUUGACAAGCCCAGUGUGUAUUUGCCUUCGAAACGCGUACGACGUGUUGUGUUGUGUAGAGAAAGAAAAUAAACGCAAUAUUUUCACAAUAAUUUUUUAUUCAAAAACCAAUAAUAACAACUAAUAAAAAAUUAUUUUCUACCUAAGUAAUUAUUCAAUAAAAAAAAAUAAAUAAAAAACGUACACCGUCGUUAAAAUAUAAAUAGUAAUUAUUUUUGUUUUUAUUAUAUAAGAAAUUAAUAAAAAAAAGGAAUUGUUUUUAUUCAUUAAAAAAUACCUUUGGAAACAUUUAAAAUACUUCGUCGCCAUGUACUGACUUUUUAGUAGUGUAACAUUUUUUCAUAUUUUACGUGCAUUGUUAUUGUUGCUGAUCGUAGUAGUAGUCGCCGUCAGCCGUGAGCCGCAGCAGCAGCAGCAGAGUUGGCGGUAGCAGCAACAACAGCAAGCCGCAGCAGCAGCAGCAGAUUCAUCAUCAUCAAAAUCGUAGUCAACAACAUUUUGAUUGCAACGAAAUUUCAUUUCCAAUUCGUAAGCGUGUGCGGAAAAUACGUUACGUGGAAAAUUUCGGCAAAAUCGCAAUAAACCAACAAAAUCGCUGUAAACAAAAAGUUUUACGAAUUUUACGUUUUCUUGCAAAAAGCCGCCGUUAGCGGCGAUUUUGUGAAAAUAAAAUAAAUAAAUAAAUAUAAAUAUUUUUUCGUUAAUAAAAAAAGCAAAGAAUAAAAUAAAUUUUACAAUAUAAAAUUUAAAUUAAUUUUGUUGCAAUUUUUUUUUAUAAGAAUUUUAUUUUACGCGGGCUGCUGUUACAAUUUAAUAAUUUCUUGUCUGUCUGUCAACUUUCAUUUGAUUAAUUGCAUUGCUGCCGCUUUAAAAUUUUAGACAGCCAUAAAUUUGCCGCAGCAUUAUAAUUUAAAUAAAAGAACAGCAAGAAGAAGAAGAACACAUCAUAUUUCUACAACUGAAACAAUAACAAAUCAUAAAUCACGGCGAGAAAAAAAUAAAUGUGAAUAAAAAUUUUUUUUUGUUGCAAAAACUUUAAAACGGUAAACUUUAAAACGUUUCACGGCAAAUUCAACUGCAAGCUUUGACUUGCACUUAAGCCUCAGCCACAAUUGAACUAUUUAUUCUCUGUCAAAGCCAAAAAUUAUUGUCAAAUUGAAGCCUCCACAGUACGCAACUGAAACGCGUCGGUAAUUGAACGGUGCGCGGCGUGUCGUGUUAUUUUCGGUUAUUUCUUCUAUUUUUCAAUAAUUGAAUUGCAAAAAUUGCAAACAUUUUCUCAUUUAUUAAAUAUUCUAUACUUAGAAAAAAAUAAAAAAAAAGCUUAAAAGAAAAUCACUCCUUUUCCAUAGUAAAGAAGAAGCUCAAGCUGCAGCAAAAGCAAAAGCAGAAGAAGAUGAAUUAUUAGUAGUAGUAGAAGCUGUGAUAUUUGAAAGCAUAUUUCAAGCAACUUUUGUAUACGAGUAACAAAUGCAACAAAAACAACAACAAUUGAAACUACAACAACUGCAACUACAACAACACAUACAAUUGAAAUGCAAUUGGCAUCAUAAAGUCAAUGCUAAAAUCUUAGCCAAUUAAAAGAAAGAAAAUGGAUUUAUGACAGCUGCUGAAGGAGUUAAGCAACAACAACUAACAAACAAACAAACAAACAAAAAACAAAAACAAAAAGAAAAUAGUAGCAGCUAAGCAAGUAACAGAGAACAGAGAAGAAACCCCACAAAAAAGCAGCAGCAGCAGCAGCUCUAACUGAAACUAUAGCAGUAACGGUUUACCAGAAACAAUAACAAUUUACAUACGAUUGUAUACGAUUUUCAAAAACAACUACAAAAACAACAACAACAAACACAUAUAAAAACUAAAAUCUAAUUAAAAAAGGAAAAUAAAGAAUUAACAAAAAACAACAACAAAAAAGAUCUCCUUACUCUUAAUCAUUUUAAAUGUAAUGUAAAAAAAAAAAAAGAAACACCUUAAGAAAUUAGUUAAAAAAAGCAAAUAAGAACAACUCAAACGCGUCGCGGUAACGGUUAUGAAAAAUAAUAUGUAAAAAAUUAAAAAAGAAAAAGUUUAAAUAUAUAUAAUACAUAUAAUAUAUAUAUGAAAGUUAUAUACAUAGAAUCUAAAACAAAUGUGCCUGUGUUAAUGUAAAGAAAGCAAAAGAAACCAACCAAUGCAAAUUAUGCACUAAGAAUAUUUCUUUCAAUAAAACAAAACAAAAUUUUCAAGCAAAAAAAAAAAAAUUAUUUAAGCAAAAGCAAAUAUUAUUUAAAACAAAAAAGAAAUAUAAUAAAAUCACUUAAACAAAAACCAAAAUUGUGCAAAUUUGCUUGUAAAAUUUUACUAAGUCCAAGCAAAUAAUUUGUUAUAAAUUUUGCACAACGGAAACGUCCUGGCAGAGGAGCAGCGGCUGGAGGAGUCUCAGCUAAAACCCGCAACGUAAGGCAGCGGCAAAUUAAUUUUGAUUGAGUUUCUGUGCUUACAAAAGUGGCACAAGUCGGGUUGGACGUCGUUCCUCGAGCAUUAAUGGCUCAACCUAGGUAUGACGAUGGCCUGCACGGCUAUGGUAUGGAUUCGGGUGCUGCCGCAGCUGCCAUGUAUGAUCCACACGUUGGUCACCGGCCGCCUGGAUUACAAGGCCUACCAUCACAUCACUCACCACACAUGACACAUGCGGCUGCAGCAGCGGCAGCAACAGUUGGCAUGCAUGGCUAUCACACUGGUGCUGGUGGCCAUGGUACACCUAGUCAUGUAUCACCGGUUGCUAAUCAUUUAAUGGGUGCAAUACCCGAAGUGCAUAAACGUGAUAAGGAUGCGAUUUAUGAACAUCCACUAUUCCCCCUAUUGGCGCUAAUAUUUGAAAAAUGUGAACUGGCCACAUGUACGCCUAGAGAACCUGGUGUGCAAGGUGGUGAUGUUUGUUCGUCAGAAUCAUUUAAUGAAGAUAUAGCAAUGUUCAGCAAACAGAUAAGAUCACAAAAACCCUACUACACAGCGGAUCCCGAAGUCGAUUCACUUAUGGUGCAAGCAAUACAAGUACUUCGGUUUCACCUCCUAGAAUUAGAAAAAGUACAUGAAUUAUGCGAUAAUUUCUGUCAUCGAUAUAUCUCAUGUUUAAAGGGUAAAAUGCCAAUAGAUUUAGUGAUUGACGAACGGGACACCACCAAACCACCAGAAUUAGGUUCAGCUAAUGGUGAAGGAAGAAGUAAUGCCGAUUCGACAUCGCACACCGAUGGAGCUAGUACACCAGACGUUGACAAUAGCAAUUCACAAUUCUCACCUUUGGAACAAACUUACCGAAAUUAUCGUAUUAAGAAUGAAGCGGACUUUUAGUGUGUUUAUAAGGUUUUUUAAAAAUUUAAAUAAAAUUUAAAACCAUUUUGUAUGAAGUCUUUAUGUAUUUUAAAAAAUAUAUGGAGUAUAUAAAAGAAGAUAAGUGUUUGAGAAAAGUGAAAAAAAAAACAAGGGAAGUAAUUUUGAAAAAAAAAAACACUGAAAAAAGUACUGAGAAACUAAGACUAAGGUAUUGUCGUUGUGAAUAGUAAAGGACUAACAAAAUUUUGGAUUGAUUAUAAAGCUAUAAAGAUUUUAACAAUUAAUUAACAUUAUCUAUUAGCUAUUAAUCAGUAAGUUGCAUUAACAAUUAUCCUAGUAUAUAGAAAAUAUGCAAUAUUCUUGUUAUUCUGUAAACAAUAGCUAUUUAUACAUGUAUAUAUAUAACAGUUGACUUGAUAUGCCUCAUGUUAACUAACAAUUCUUUGUUACUAAUUCUUCUUACUAGCUCUUAUUACUCUCCCUAACAACUAAUGGAAAUCAGUCUUACUGAUUUACUGAAUAAACAAAAGAGAUUAUAUAAAGUAACUGCUCUACGGAUCCACAGCUUAGCACAGUUAGCCUAGAGCUUUGCAUAAUUAGUGAGGCUUAAUAUAUUCAGAUAUAGCAAAAGAAAUAGUUCUAUGGUACUAGCUUUCUCUGUUAUAAAAUUGGCCUAGUUACCUGUAAACUUACAAUUCAAUGUUAUUAAAUUUGUUGUUUUUAUUAUAUUCAAUAUAUUUUAUUAUUGUUUAAAAAUAUGGUCUAAUAGUGAUGUUAGCAACCAUAUCUGUGUCUUCCUUGCUAAAGUUUUCAGGAUUUCUACUGAAGCCAUUUAUGAAUGUAUACUUUAUUAAAAAUGAUUUUUAAAUCGACUUUUAAUGUCAACUUUUUUAGUACUUUACUAUUUCACUAAACGAACAACAGAUCUUAACCAUAUUUUAUAAUACAAGAAGUCUCUUAGUAUUUUGAACUCUCUUCGAAAAGUGUUACUUUCCAUUCAAAGCUCCUGCUAAUAAAAUAACAAGAACAAUUAUAGAUAAUACAUUUUUCUAUAAUGAUUUAAUAAAAAAGCAAAAAAAAAAAACAAAUAAAAAUGUGCUUAAAUUUUACUACUAAAUUUUAGUAAAAAAAAAAGUAGUAAAAAUGCAGCAAUGCAGAACGAUAUACGUAAUUUUUCUUUAAUGACUGAACAAGUUGCAUACGAAAUAUAUAAU